CGCCGCAAUGGCCAUAUCGAACCGGAUAAAUUCCCGGGCCGAGCAUUUUCCAUCAUCGGGCCGUUCGACUGUCAAGGUUUCUUCCGCGGACAUCUAGCGACAGCUUAGACUGCGUUUCCUCCAUGAUAUGGCCACAGUUCUAGGGCGGAGGUUCUUUGGCAGUCCUCGCAUUGUCCUGCAACCCUGGACAUGCGGGAGUUGCCGCAGCAUGAGCCAUAGCUCCUCCCUUCAAGCCGGGCAUAGCAAAUGGGCCAACAUCAAGCAUAUCAAGGGCCGAAAUGACGCCGCUAAGAGCAAGGAGAGGCAAAUAAUCAGCCAGGAGCUUAUGCAGUCUUCAAAAUUAUACGGCCCCGAUCCAGGAUCCAACACUAAGCUCGCAGCCAUCAUCGCAAAUGCUAAACGGAGCGGAAUGUCUAAGGCAACGAUUGAGUCUGCAAUUGCCAAGGGACAGGGUAUAUCUAUGUCAGGAGCGCCCUUGGAACCCUUGACAAUUGAAGCAAUGCUCCCGGGCUCCGUGGCCGUGGUGAUUGAGUGUCAGACCGACCAGAAGGGCAGAACCCUCCAGGACGUUCGCCACAUGAUCAAGGAAGCCGGCGGUAUUGUGACCCCCACGACAUUCCUAUUCGAGAAAAAGGGGAAGAUUGCUUUUGAAAAGGAUCCAAAGAGCAGGAGUACGGACGAUUAUCUUGAGAGCGCUAUCGAUGCCGGUGCUAUAGACGUGGAUGCAGAUGCGGAAGGGCGGCUGAUUGUGUACACGGAACCUGCAAUGACAAAAUCCGUGGGCGAGGCAAUUUCCACUUCUACGGGGUUGAAGAUUGAAACCUUGGACAUCAUUUGGGAUCCUAACAAGGAUACAAUGGUGACGCUUUCGAGCGAGGAGGCGGCGAACGAACUGGAUGAAUUUCUCGACAACGUUCGUGAGGAGACAACUGUCCAAGAAAUAUACAUGAAUCUGGCUAGAACAUGAUAGUCUCUGUGCUAGAAUUGUACAUUACAUUAACGUCGCGACCUAGUUAGGCCUUAAAUUAAUCAUAGCGCUUCUCAUCAACGA